UCUUGUUAGACAUUUAUAGAGACGUAAAGAUAUCUGUGACUGACGUGAGUUCUACUGAAAAUUGAAGGAUCAUUUUACAAAACAAUGACACCAUAUGAUUCGAAGCAUUUUUAGCACAGCAAACGAUGCAUCGUUAAACGAAAUGUGAUGUCACGUUCAUUUGCGUAGAAGCAGUUGCAUUUUUGAAUAAAACAUAGGAUCGGAUACUCAUCGGCAGUACUGAAUUACCUGUUACAGUGUCCGCAUCGGUGAUAGGAAAAUCCAGUCACUCUCAUCCUGGAAAGCUUUCGAUUUCUUGUUUCCAACAAGAAAGCUGUAUUAACAAUUGAAAAAUGAAGUUACUCCUAGCGAUCUUUGUAUUAACAUUAGCUUCAACUAGAACUCUUGGUCAGUCCAGGUAUGAACCAUUUGCUGAGAAACCAGGUUCCUGUCCACCAGCAUUGCCAGUGCAAAUUUGUAGUCAAUCUUGCUUCUCUGAUUCUCAUUGUUUAGGAAUUGGCAAGUGUUGUCCCACCAACUGUGGAGGCUUUGUUUGUUCCAAACCUGUAACUAUGAGACAACCAAUUUCAAAAGAGAAACCAGGCUCUUGCCCAGCAGUACCAAAAGGAAGAUGGGUAUGUUCACCAACCUGCAGUGUUGACAGUGAUUGCAGAGGAACAUUGAAAUGUUGCAAAAAUCGUUGUGGUGCUCUGGCUUGUCAAAAACCAGACAUUGAGAUAGUUGAAUCCUUGGAAAUUCCAGUUGUUCCAUUACCAGAAGAGUCUUUCAAUGUACCUAGAAAUCCUUACUUAAAUUAUCCUAGGGACCCAAGUUCUUAUCCUUAUUACUUUUACAACAAUAAUUAAUUAAAAUUAUCAUAAAAGAUAAGGAUUUCAUUAAUCUCUAUCACGUUCAAAUUUACUAUGUAUUUACCUGUGCCAUACUUUUGAUUCAUAUUAUGUGUCAGUGUAUAUAUUUACUAUAUAAUGUAAUACCAUACAACGUUUAAUAAUAAAUUAUGAAUUACAAAUUGAAUGAAUUAAACAAAAAUUGAUGUGUAAAAAACAAUAGCAGAAUUUAAAUUUCACGCAUGCGUUCGUAAAAUGUAAUUUACGUGCGAUUCCGUGAAAUUUUUCAUUGACUAUUUCUUGGAAGUAAUUUCGUUGGCGAAUGUUCUUACGUAAUGGAUUACCUCAUUAACCUAUUAAACUACAUUUACAUAGAACCUUGAAUGAUACGAUGGUACAUUCACAGAUAGAAAACAGUGAAAUGGGUACAACAAGAAAUUUUAAAUUCGUUUACAGAAAUUAUUAAUAUUGUGGAUUGUAGACGGUCAGGUUGUAACAUUAUUUACUGUCCAAUUCUAUUCCUAGCGACAAUUUUUCAUAAAAUAAUUUUACGUUAAACGGUAUGUACUCAAAUCUGAAGACUGCAUGAGUCAUAUUCAAUGUACAUACGUACUACAUAUCCUAUUGAAAUACCCAAGUGCAAUAUUCCUCGAAUACUCGUUUGAAUCAUAACGAGAAAACAUUUCGAUAAUGACUAUUAAACCGCUUAUAAAACGAAAUGGUAUAGAGGAUUGUCGGAAACUUGUUGAAUCAGCCGAUCGUCCAGCUUCCUCUACCGUUCACGACAAAUAAGUUACCUAUCGCUCUCAAGAUAGAGGUGGAAAUGAACGAGAGGACAUAGAUGACCUGGCAAAAGAAGAGAGACAGAGUGAAAAAGGAGAGAUUUAAGAAGCUGCGUUGUUAUCGUGCAUCAAUUGGACGUGGUUCAUCUGCCAGUUGAACAAUUCUGGUGGUCUAAAAA